AUGGAGCAAGAGACUACACGCAAGCACGGCGGCGAGCCGAACCUAGUUGACACUACCGGACUAUGCCUGCUGUCCCUGGAUGCUGGCGGUGUGCGCGGGCUGUCGACUCUGUACAUUCUGAAAGGGCUGAUGGACCGACUGAAUCAGGCACGCCCCGAGGGUUCACCAGCAAAGAAGCCCUGCGAGGUGUUUGACCUGAUUGGCGGCACCAGUACAGGCGGAUUGAUUGCGAUUAUAUUAGGUCGAUUGGAGAUGGAUGUCGAUGAGUGCAUCAUGGCAUAUAUCAAGUUAAUGAAACGGACUUUUGGUGAGCCCUCGAAAUGGGGCCUAUCCAGUCUUUUUGGCAAGAUUAAGCCCCGAUUCGAUGCCAACAAGCUCGAAGGUGCAAUCAACGAAGUCAUCAACAACUGCGGAGCUAAGCCGACCGAUUUAUUCAAUGAUCAAGCUGACCGGAGUUGCCGGGUAUUCGUUUGCAGCAUCACGCAGGAGACCAAGGAUAUUGCCGCCCGCGCAACCUCCGCCGCCACUACCUGCUUCGAGCCGAUGUCGAUCGAAGCACGCAGAUUCGCGGAUGGAGGGCUCGGGGCCAACAACCCUAUAGAUGAGGUGGAAGGCGAAGCGUCUGGUAUUUGGUGUGAGGACAUAGGCGACCUAAAGCCACAAGUGAAGUGCUUCAUCUCGAUCGGUACCGGCAAUCCCGGGAAGAAGGCAAUGGAGGACAAUCUGUUGAAGUUUGUUUCGAAAACCCUGCCAGAACUCGCCACGCAAGCUGAGCAUACAGAGAAGCGAUUCAUCGCUAAAUGGCGGACGUCAGGCUGGCGGAAUAACAGGAUCAAGGCUCGAUUGAGUCAGCGACAGAGGGGUGCAACCAACCUUAAUUUUACUAAAGCGAUUCGGCGGUAUCAAGAGACACUAGCACUUCUGGAACAAUGGCAGGGCCGUGCUCGGUGUGACCUGAUACAGAAACUGGAACGCAAGUCUGGUACCACGAGAAAAAUUGCAAUCGAGGGCCUCGGUGGUGUGGGCAAGACCCAGCUAGUGCUUGAGCUAGCCCACCGCAUGCGAGAACAGUGCGCGGUCUAUUGGAUUCCAGUCAACAGCCUGACCAACCUACAGACAGCAUAUCAUAAGGUGGCUCAGAACCUUCGCCUCUCUGGGUGUGAAGAGAUUGGUGUUGAUAUCCUGGAACUAGUGCAAAUAUACCCCAGUGAUGAGACUAUUGGCCCAUGGCUGCUAGUAUUGGAUAGUGCCGAUGAUAUAGAUUUGUGGACAUCUCCACUCAUAUCUGAGGUAGGAGCUAAGCGGCUGAUUGAUUACAUGCCCCGAAGCAGGCUUGGGGCGAUCAUAUGGACCACACGCGACCGCAAGGUGGCCACGAGAGUUGCUCAAGAGAAUGUAGUGACUGUGCAGCAAAUGGACGAGUCUGGAGCUUCAAAGAUGAUGCGGAACUAUUUGAUUAAUCCUAUCGAAAACGAAGAACACUUGUUACCAGGCUUGCUGCGGAAGCUCACCUAUCUUCCACUAGCCAUUGUUCAGGCCGCAGCGUAUAUCAAUGCGACCCAUGAUACCCAGGGAUCACUCACGGAGUAUGAAGAACUCUUGUCCAAGCAGGAUGAUGAGGUGAUUGCGCGCUUGAGUGAAGAUUUUGGAGACUACGGCAGAUAUCCAGGCAUGGAGAAUGCAGUGACAAAGACAUGGCUCAUCUCAUUUGAGCAGAUCCGUCGCCGCAGUUCUCUUGCGAUUGAAUAUCUAGGAUUCAUGGCCUGUGUGGACCCCAAAGACAUUCCUCGGUCGCUGCUACAGCCUUCCGAGAUGUCAUCAUCUAAUCAGCAGAAAGAUGCGAUCGGUAUCCUUAACGCGUUCUCAUUUAUUACUGAACAUAAGGGCGGAUUGGCUUUUAAUAUACAUCGUCUGCUUGCCACAAACAAGCGGUAG